CUUACCUUUAGUUUUGUCCUUUUUUAUUUUUUACCACCGGUCUUUCGCUUUUCCAGGUUCCAACGCCUCUUCUCCUCGCUUCCUUGCCACGCAACCUUUAAUCCACCGGAGCUAUGAAGAUCACCGCCUUGCUUGUUCUCAAGGCCGCUCCCGAAACAUCGGAUCCCGUGAUCCUCGCGAACGCCUCGGACGUCUCGCACUUUGGCUAUUUCCAGCGAUCUAGCGUCAAGGAGUUCGUCGUCUUUGUCGGUCGCACCGUCGCUAGCCGUACACCUCCUUCUCAGCGCCAGUCUGUUCAGCACGAAGAGUACAAGGUUCAUGCUUACAAUAGGAAUGGACUUUGUGCGGUGGGAUUCAUGGACGAUCAUUAUCCUGUUCGAAGUGCCUUCUCUCUUCUCAAUCAGGUAAUAGAUGAGUACCAGAAGAGUUUUGGUGAGAGCUGGAAGUCUGCUAAAGAAGAUUCUACUCAGCCUUGGCCUUACUUAGCCGAAGCUCUUACCAAGUUUCAGGACCCAGCAGAGGCAGAUAAGCUGUUGAAAAUACAGAGGGAGUUGGAUGAGACCAAGAUUAUCCUUCAUAAAACGAUUGAUAGCGUUCUUGCCCGUGGUGAGAAGCUGGACAGCCUAGUGGAGAAGAGCUCAGAUUUGAGCAUGGCAUCGCAGAUGUUUUACAAGCAAGCGAAGAAAACGAAUUCGUGCUGUACUAUUCUGUGAGCUGCGUCAACACCGGAUGUCUUGGGUAUAUAUAUUCAACUCGCACUUUUGCUGGAAGGGGAGACUGCUUUUCAUCUUUAUAUGUAUUUUCAUUCCGUAUCUAUAGUUUGCAUACAUUUUGAAAUUCCAUAAGACUCGAGUCGUGUCGCGUGUUAUCCAAUUACAUGAUGUCAAAUUUCAAUUGUCUUUGCCAGAUUAUAUGAUUGCUUCGGUUUAUGUUUUCUUA